UUUUAGCUCCGCCCCUACCCCUUGCUCUGCCCUGUUGCUGUUGCGCCGACGCCGGCUGCUACCCCCGGACGCCCACCAUGGAAGAGACAGUAGAAGAUCCCCCCACGUCAGCUGUCUUGCUGGAUCAUUGUCAUUUCUCUCAGGUCAUCUUUAACAGUGUGGAGAAGUUCUAUGUCCCUGGAGGGGAUGUCACAUGCUAUUACACGCUCACCCAGCAUUUCAUUCCCCGUCGAAAGGAUUGGAUUGGCAUCUUUAGAGUGGGAUGGAAGACAACCCGUGAGUAUUACACCUUCAUGUGGGUCACUUUGCCUGUUGAUCUAAACAGCGACUCAGCCAAACAGCAGGAAGUCCAGUUCAAAGCUUAUUACCUCCCCAAGGAUGAUGAGUAUUACCAGUUCUGCUAUGUGGAUCAGGAUGGUGUAGUUCGGGGAGCAAGUAUCCCUUUCCAGUUCCGUCCAGAAAAUGAGGAGGAUAUCCUGGUUGUUACCACUCAGGGUGAGGUGGAAGAAAUUGAACAGCACAAUAAGGAGCUUUGCAAAGAAAACCAGGAGCUGAAGGACAGCUGUGUCAGCCUCCAGAAGCAGAAUUCAGACAUGCAGGCUGAGCUCCAAAAGAAGGAGGAGGACCUAGAAACUUUAAAGAGCACCAAUAAGAAAUUGGAACAGCAAGUGAAGGCGCAGAAGGACUGCUGGGAGACAGAGCUGCUUCAACUGAAAGAACAAAAUCAGAAGAUGGCCACAGAAAAUGAGAAGCUGGGAGUCCGAGUGGAGCAGCUCCAGGCCCAGCUUUCAACUGAAGAGAAAGAAAUAGAGAAGCUUGUUCAGGGCAAUCAAGAUAAGACAGAGCAAUUGGAGCAUCUGAAAAAGGAAAAGAGCCAACUCCUUCUCACUUUAACUCAACAGAAGGAGCACCAGAAGAAGCUGGAGCAGACGGUAGAGGAAAUGAAGCAGGAAGAAACAACUGCCAAGAAGAAACAACAAGAGUUAACGGAUGAGAACUCUGGCCUGUCUAAAACACUGAGUGAGAACAAGAUUAUGUGUAGCACUCUGCAAAGAGAAAAAGAGAGGUUGGAAAAAGAAAAUGAUCUUUUGAAGAGGGAGAACAGCAGAUUGCUGAGUUACAUGGGUCUGGAUUUUGACUCGUUGCCAUAUCAAGCACCUACUUCAGAUCAAGGAGGUGCAGGACAAAACCCAGCACUUGUCUAUGGAAACCCAUAUUCUGGUAUCCAGGAAAGUUCAGCCCCAAGCCUGCGCACCAAGAAGAGAUGCCCCACCUGCAAAUCAGACUUGGCUGACGACAUUUUUGGUCCCACCUUGGAGCAGCAGCACAUGGAGGCUCUUUGUUUGAAUUGUCCAAUUUGUGACAAGACCUUCCCAGCAAGAGAGAAGCAGAUCUUUGAAGACCAUGUGUUUUGCCACACUCUCUGAGUGUCCCAGCCUCGGGUCUGUACCGUACUCGGGCUUUCAUAGAGUAGAACCUAUAGCUUCUACUUAGGAGUUACGACCCAUGAUCCUGCCUAACAUGAAAUUAGGGAUUUAACUCAGUCCUGCUGCCCUAAGGAUGGAGUCACGUCGAUUAUCUGAAGAAUAGUGGUGAGCGCUUACUUCCAUCCUUGUGAGUUACUACCUUUUAGAUCACACAACUAGCUGGGUCAUCCUCACCUCUGGUGCCCAGUCUUAUGAGGGCCUCCGGUGUAAGGGCCCUGGGCUGGAACUGAGCGGGCCCUUCAUUCACAACAGCCUUGACUUGAGUACGAAGUAAUUCCUUUUCUGAGUUGGCCCAGUGCCCAUCAAGGUCAGCCCUUGAGUAUAUUUGCAGUCAGCUCUCAGUCCUAACCUUGUGGCUGGUGAUUGAGCAGAGAUUGAGAAUUUCUUCCUCCUCCUCCUCUCCCUCCUCCACCACCACCACCACCACCACCACCACCUCCACCUCCACGUCCUCAGGUCUCUUUCUCCCACUGAUUGAAUUAAAGUAGCCAAAAAGGGCACCACAGACAACUCCAACAUCCAAUUGCAAUACCAAAGGUUUCUCAUCCUGAUUUCUCAGCUCCCAGCAGAAACAUCUUAUUCCUGAACCAUGGAUACAAAAUAUUAUUUCAGUCACAGAAAGCCUUCUUUGUCUCUGGAUACCUCUGGCAUUUUCUACUCUUUGAUCUUUCCUAUUCACAUAAUCUUUAUUGUAACUCCUUUCCUAAUUAUUAGUAGGACUUGUUAGAAACUGUCUGGGUCUGCCUCUUUCUGAGCAGGUGAGUUUGAAUAUGGAUAAGUCAGAAUAAUGAGAACUAUUGUUAAUCUCUUUAAUACUAAAAAUAAACUUGUCCUCUAUUUCGGGGACUUUGGUCAUUUAAAUUGGUAA